AUGCCGGAGAAGAAGAGCAAAAUGAUUGCCGUUAAGAAAACAAACGGCACUGCUAAGAUAAAGUAUGUUACCGUUAAGGAGACAAAUGAUGUUAUUCAGUGCAGACAAAAAGCAGCCUUUUCCCCCAAGCUGCAAAGAUCCCGGCAAGCCAACAGAGCAGGGGUCCUGACUGCAAUAUUUCAGCUUUUCAGAACUCACAAGAAGAGAUUUGAAGAAGAAGAAGAAAUUAACAGUAAAGAAAGAAAACGGGCAGGAAGUGGGCAUAAUCAAAAUCACAAACUACCUAUUAAAUGGUGCACGGUACAGCAUUGA